AUGGCUUCGCGAAAUAGUAACGACGACUACAGAAUCAACCUCGAUGACUUGGAUUGGUCCCCGACUGCUCGCGAACGACAGCCUUCUGGAGUUGCGAGCUUGGGCGAUACCUUGCGUGUACCGACAAUAUCUACCACUCCACAGGCAAAUUCCCUACGGUCGAGCUCCAUUGGGCUCGGCGACAGCCCCUUGGGUGGCCCAGAUGAAGCGGGCGAGGAAGAUACCACUGGGCCGAUUGUCAUUGCCAUCCACGAGAAGGACCGCACCGUGAAGCGACGACUUCGCGGAAUCCAUGUCUUCAUGAUUACGAUAAGCGGGGUCCUCGGAGCCGGAUUGUACAUACGCAGCGGAACUGUUCUGCGGAUUGGAGGCCCUGGAGCUGUUCUGAUUGCAUUCACGGUGAUGGGCCUGCUGGCCUGGAUGGUGAUGCAAUGCAUUGGCGAGUUUCUUGCCCUGUGGCCGAUUUCAGGUGCGCUUGUCGAAUUCGUGGCGAAAUUCGUCGAUGAGGAUUUAGGGACCGCCGUUGGAAUCGCAUACUGGUUCACCUACUCGAUCAACUUCGCAGCCCUAAUUGUGGCGGCUGCCGGUGUGCUGGAUUACUGGGACCCGGGGAAGGCGAUCCAAGGAACAAUCAUGUUUUUCGUUGUGCCACUGUUCCUGGUCCUACUCAAUAGUUUCGGUGUUCAGAUCUAUGGUUUGACGGAGGUCAUCGGGGGCUCUAUAAAGAUCCUGGGCGUUGUGAUCGUGAUCGCUUGUAUGAUUGCGAUCAAUCUUGGAGCUGGAGAAAAAGGACAUAUCGGUACCACAAAUUACAAGCACGGCCCCAUGUUCCCGUUCGAUGAAACCGCUGUUGACAACUGGGGUUCAGCUAUGUUUUAUGCAUUUUCCAUCGCUGCUUUUGCGUACGUCGGUGUCGACAUCACUGCUGCCACCGCGCUCGAAGCACGCGCUGACCGAAGGCGCAAAGCAUCCACAGACCCGAGCGACAGGAGCCCGUGGCCGUAUAUAUCCGUCCGCUUUGUCGCGACUUGGACCAGCUUCCUUGUCUGGGUGAUCUACUUUAUCGCCGGCAUUCUGAUGAGUUUGAAUAUCGAGUGGAACGAUGCGAAUCUUCCUCGACUUUCAUGGCUUGGAUCGCCAGUUAUCGAAGACCGUCCAGACAACCAAAAGUUCAACAGUGACUCUGGAUUUGUGAUUAGCGCCGCCAUGUCGAGAAUACCAGGACUUGCAGACCUUAUUACUGCGGUAAUUUUCGUCACCGCCGUGUUCUCUGCCAACACCAACCUCUACGUUGCGUCGCGGACGCUAUUCGGUCUUACUCGACGACUGCAAGGGCCGGAGUGGCGCUUCCUCGCUUUCUUUGGGAAGACAAAUAACUAUCAAGUCCCGGCUCGGGCGAUGCUACUAUCCUGCUUUUUUAUGUGGGUGCCGUUCUUGUACCUGUCUCCACACAACUCUUCGGAUACGACGAUAUCAAGUCUUCUCGAGGUGCUCGCCCAGAUGGGUUCCGUGAGUUGCAUCGUUGUCUGGGCAUGCGAGUGCUGGGCGUUCAUCCGCUUCUACAACUGUAUGUCCCUUCACCGAGACGCACUCAACGCCGCACCCCACUUCGCCCAUCUCCGCCGAUUCCGCAAUCCUGGCACAGAAGACCUUUACCCUUGGCGCUCGCACGGACAGCCCAUGACAAUGUACCUUGCCCUUUUGGGAUGCUUGUUUGUACUCGCGGUUGCAGAUGGUUCUGCGCUGUGGCAUAACUGGGCAUCCCCGAGGUUUCUGUCCGCCUACCUAUCGAUACUAUGCUUCAUCCCACUAUGGCUGGGUAUAAAAUUAUACAAUAACUGGGGAAAUGUCCAAUGGAAACUGGAAGACCUAUCGAACUUCAUUUCGGUCGAAAAGAAACUGCGCGAGCUAGACGAGAUUCACGAUCUGGCUACAGCUAGAGACAAGGACAUCCUGGAGAAAGGAUGGAGGAAUCUAUGGGGAUUUAUGUAA